AUGUCGGCUUGGCUGGUGCUCCUGUGCCGGCACCGUGGGGCGAUGGUGCCACGCCAGCAUGUCCCUGUGGCAUUGCCUGGUUGGUGCUCCCAUGCUGGCACCCUGGGGCCCCCCCAGGACAUCAGCCUGGAGGAGUUUGAUGACGAGGACCUCUCGGAGAUCACGGACGACUGCGGCAUCGGGCUGAACUACGACUCGGACCACUACGAGAAGGACUGCCUGGUGCUGGAGCGCGGCGAGCAGCCGCACCCCGUCUGCACCUUCCAGGAUGACUUCCAGGAGUUCGAGAUGAUCGACGACAACGAGGAGGAGGAGGAGGAAGAGGAGGAGGAGGAGGGCAACGAGCUGGAAGCUCCACCGUCCCCUUCAGCCUCACCCAUCCCCUCGCCUGCCCUGGAGGAGACGCAGAAGCACCGGCCCACCACCCUCAACCUGACGGCCCCGGGCACCCAGGACUCCCUGAACAACAACGGCAGCUUCCCGCCACCGGCUCACCGCACCACCUGGCAGGAAGCCCUUCUCCACUCCUCCUCCUCCUCCUCUUCCUCACACAUCGGACACUUGUCUCCCCACGCCUGCAUCCAAGACGGACCCUGCCUGGAGAGCCCGAAGGGGCCGAGCUCCGGGGGGGCCGGGCAGGCCCCCGCCUCGCUGCAGCCCUCCCCCUUUGACUCGCAAGGCAACAGCCACGAGUCCCUGGCACAUGCAGAGCCACUCAGCUCUGAUGGGGAGGGCCCCCAGCACGGCCGGGCGGCCAGCGUGCGCGGGCACCCCUCGGGCUCCUCGGAGACCACCUCGCCCUCCUCGGACCCCGGCAUCGAGGCCGACCUCACCAGCAGGACCACCAAACCCUUCCUGCCCGGCAGCCGGCACGGCGAAGAUCUCAGCUCGCCCGGCUCUGAUUCGGACGUGGAGGGGGAGAUUGAGGCGGCCUUCGCCGGUGGGCGCCUGGUCAGCAACAUGAUCUCCUCCAUCUCAGAGACGGAGCUGGACCUGAGCAGUGACAGCAGCAGCGGCAGGUCCUCCCACCUCACCAACUCCAUCGAGGAGGCCAGCUCGCCCACCUCGGAGGCCGAACUGGAGACAGAGCUGGAAGCGCCCGGCCUGAUGGGCAUCAAGGACUCCCUGCUGCUGGACAAGGGCAAGGAGGAGGAGGAGGAGACCCUGGAGAGGGAGCUCCCGGAGCGCGGUGUGGUGAGGCGGGAGAGCCUGGCGGAGCUGAAGAUGGAGGGCUACUAUGACAGCCUGAACCCAGCGGACUCCUCCGCGCCCGCGGGCCAGACGGACAUCCCUGCCUCCAGCCCCCUGGACCUGAAGAUCGACCCGGACCACAGCCUGGAGAGCAUCCGGCGCUCCUUCUACCUGCCCGUGGGGCCCAAGCUGAUGCCCGAGGCUGACGAGGAGGACAACAGCGAGUAUGACUCCGACUCGGAGUCGGAGCCCGACCUGAGCGAGGACUCGGACUCACCCUGGCUGCUCAGCAACCUCGUCAACAAGAUGAUCUCGGAGGGCUCCUACCCCAUCAAGUGCCCGGACGAGUGCUUCCAGCAGACCCACUCGCUCUGCGACACCAUCUCCCCGGCCUCCGACCUGGAGCCCGAGAUCCUGAGUGAGGCGCUGGAUGGGGAGCCCGGCUCGCGGGACUCCCCGGUGGGCACGGGGGAGCCGGCCGCCCUGCCCCACUGCCAGCGCACCAUCGAGCUGGUGGACAUGGAGACGCUGCGCAGCUCCCUCCAGCGCGCCGAGAAUGAACAGGCCCUGGGUGCUGGGACGGAGCCCGUGCCGGAGCUGCCCACCGACGAGCCGGGCCCCUUCCUCUUCCUGAGCAACCCCACCAACGACACCAUCGCGCCCGUCUUCCCGGGCCGCCCCGUCGCCCUCGACAGGCUGGGCGCCUCCGAGGUCUUGGCCACCUUUGGCUGCCACCCCGGGCCGCCCCGUACCCCCCCACGCACCUCCCCCAGGACCGAGGCCGCCAGCGGGGAGCCCCGCACCGCCACGGCACCGCUGGCCGCCGGCCCAGAGGACUGGGCUGUUGACAGGGACCUGGACUCGGGCAUCCUGGAGGCCGACGACAUGAUCGACGACGUCCGGUUAGCGCCUGGGGGGCAGAGCCCCGACACCAGCCCACCCACCCUGGAUGUCUCCACCGCCAAGACCAACCGCGGCUUCACCAUGGCCUACUCCACGGACGAGGACGAGGCGCCCUACCUGAAGGGCUCCCCCUUCCCCGAGGACCCGCUGCGGGGAAGCUUUGGGGGGGAGCUGCCGCCCGCCCCCGGGACGCUGGAGCCGCGGGCGCUGGACGAGUCCCUGGCCUACGACUCGGUGAAGUACACGCUGGUGGUGGACGAGCACACGCAGCUGGAGCUGGUGAGCCUGCGGCGCUGCACCUCGGUGCUGAGCGACGACAGCGACCUGCUCCGUGCCUGUGACCGCUGUGACCUGGAGGACGAGGCGGCCUUCGGGGAUGGGCUGGUGGCCCCCGACGCCCACAGCUCCUCCGAGGACUCGUCCCCCGAGGCCGACCUGCAGUUCUCCAAGAAGUUCCUCAACGUCUUUGUCAACAGCACCUCCCGCUCCUCCAGUAGUGACCUGCGCCGUGCAGGCACAGAGUCCUUCGGGCUGUUCUCCUGCAUGGUGAACGGGGAGGAGCGGGAGCAAACCCACCGGGCUGUCUUCAGGUUCAUCCCCCGCCACGAGGAUGAGUUGGAGCUGGAUGUGGACGACCCCAUCCUGGUGGAGCUGGAGGAGGAUGACUACUGGUACCGGGGCUACAACAUGCGGACGGGGGAGAGGGGCAUCUUCCCCGCUUUCUACGCCCACGAGGUUGUCGGCCAAGCCAGGGAUGCCAUCGCCCCCCCCGGCCCGCCCCCGAGUACAGCCGGGACGAGGAGGUGGGGGGCGCGGGUGGGCGGGGGGCCGGGCGCCUGCCCUGCCGCGAGCCGGGCGCCCACACCUCGGCCGCCUGUUCUCUUCCAGUUUGAGCGCUGCAGCCACUUCUUCCAGAUGAAGAACAUCUCCUUCUGCGGGUGCCACCCCCGGAACAGCUGCUACUUCGGGUUCAUCACCAAGCACCCGGUGCUGAGCCGCUUCCCCUGCCACGUCUUCGUCUCCCAGGAAUCCAUGCGGCACGUCGCCGAGUGCGUCGGACGAGCGUUUCAGGAAUAUUACCAGGAGCACCUGGAGUACGCCUGCCCCACAGAGGACAUUUACCUGGAGUAG